UCAUAAUUCAUAUAUAUAUAUAUAUAUAUAUUUAUUUAUAUUUAUACAAACUUCAUCUUGAUCAUCGAUUAUCCAUCGAAUUUCUUGAAGAAAUUUAAACAAUCGAUAAUUUAAUUUAGUUAUUCUAUCAGAGAUCUCGCCAUCAUCAAUGGAGGAUAAUUCUGCAAAAUCAAAAGACGACCGUCUGAGCGAGCUUAUGGGGAAGAUAAUGGUGAUCGGACUCGUCACCGUCGUCUUCCUCGCGAUUUUCAUCGUCGGUAUUAGACUGAUCGUCUGCCGCCUCUUCCCGCGGCGGCGACGCCAAAACACCGCCGGCGCCGCCACUCGCCGCAGAGCGGAAACAUCUGCGGUGUGGCCACACGGCCUAAACCCUAGCCGCCUGAAAACCCUUCCCGUCGCCGUCGUCCGCGGCGGAGAAUUCGACGGCGGAGACGGCGGAGUAUUGGAAUGCGCGGUGUGUUUGAACGAGAUCUCCGCCGGAGAGACGGCGAGGUUUCUACCGGAGUGCCGCCAUGGCUUCCACGUCCCCUGCAUCGACACGUGGCUCCUGUCGAAUUCCACUUGCCCUAUCUGCCGGAACCCUAUAUCAGAUCGGGAUUCUCCGGCCCCCGGAGUAGAUAGUCGACGGGAGUCGGCCGGCGACGGCUCGCCGGAGAUUGAUAUUCCUGGACAGGUGACGGCGGAUCAGCGGCGAGAGGGAGACGAUGAUGACGACGAUCGGACGUCGCCAUUUUUAGAAAGACUCAGGUCGAUUAAUAGGCUCUUCAAUGGCGGCGCUGCCGCCGGCAAUGCAUCGGCGAAACAUAAUCCUUCCGGUUCGGACAUUGAACGAGGACACACAUAAACCAGGCCCCGCUGUCACAAAUUACGAUGUAGGUUCGAUCACUUGGACCGACCUUGAGCCAACAACCUUCCUAAGUGCAAUGGAAGUUGCUAGCCCAGGCUAUGGGUCAUUUUGAUCACCCAUUAACCCCAUCCAGGUAAGUAAGUAAUUAAGCCCCACCACGCCUCAAUUUAUAGACCUGUGUGCCAUAGAAGUUCCUUCUACUUUCCGAUGUGGGACACUGCAUCAACUUAUUUUACAAGCUGCUCUGAGCUGACCUCUCUUCUAUUGGGCCUUCGCAUUUUGAAAUUUUUCCAGGUAGAAAAUAUUAAAAUACCUAUCGGAAUUAUAUUUAUAAUUAGGCUUCUUAUUUAAAUGUGUGAUUAAAAUUU